AGGUGCCAGAAUGACAGAGUGAGGAGCAGUGGAUUUCUGUUCUGGAGACAGGAGGGCUGAAGGGCAAGGCCUACCUGGGGUAUGAGAUGCUGAAGGCUCCAUUAAGUGGUCCUGCAGCCACCAUUGCAUAGUGCUGGGGAACCCAGCCACACUCGGCCUAUUUUAUCCCACAGAAGACAUGUCGGAGGCGAGACUCACGGCCACAGACCUCAAGACUCUCCUGCAUGAGCAAGGCCCCCAACCUCCAGUGGCCUCUGGGGCUCCCAGCUUGAAGGAGACCGGAGGGGGAGAAAGUGUCAGUCCUAUGAGAGACUUGGACCUCGAGGAGUGCCUGGAGGGCAGAAACCGGGUGGCCCUGAGGCUGGCCUGCAUCGGUGAUGAGAUGGACCUAUGUCUGCGGAGCCCCCGUCUGGCCCAGCUGCCAGGGAUUGCCAUGCACAGACUCACUGUCACCUACAGCCAAAUGGGUGUCAGGGGUAUUUUCCGAAGCUUGACUCGUGGCCUCACCAACCUUAGGGAAAACAUCUGGGCCUGGAGGGUCCUGACUCCCGGAGCCCGGGUGUCGCCCGACCAGGACCGCGGGCAGCUGUUUCCCAUGGUGCUGCUGGUCCUCUUGCUGCUGGGUGAGGCCUGGCAUCUGCAGCUUCAGUGAGGUCCAGCGGGGGCAGGGCUGGCCCCUGCCCCUCAACUACCCCCUAGAGGUGCCGGCACCCUAACUGUGGUGUUUUCUGACUACCCCCCCCCCUUUUUUUUAUAUUUAACUCAGGAUAGUGCUGAGAUUUCAUACAGGUUUUCUGGGUUUUUGUAAGGCAAAUGAAUUCACCUCAGGGACAUUACUGGCUAAAAGCCCCUGAGGCCUGGCUGGCCCCUCUCUCUUGACCCCUGCCUGCCUUCCUCCCUGCAGGCUGGUCCUGUGGCCAUCAGUGGGGGAGUGCUGGACACACCCCUGUCUGUGAAGCCUUGAGGCACAGAAUCUACUGGACUAGAUUCCUUUGCGGUGCAGAGUUCAAUAAAGUGCUGUUUCUAGGA